AUGCCUCGGCUCCUGAGAAGUGUCCUCUGCGUAAUCGAGACCUUCCACAAGUAUUCCAGAGAGGAUGGUGACAAGGCAAGGCUGACCUGCAGAGAGUUGAAACGGCUCCUUCAGGGCGAGUUUGGGGACUUCCUUCAGCCCCAUGUUAUGCAUGCUGUGGAGAGAAACCUGAAUCUUCUGGAUAGUGAUAAAGAUGGCACCAUCAGUUUUGAUGAAUUCGUUCUUGCGAUCUUCAGUUUAUUGAACCUCUGUUAUGUUGACAUACAAUCAUUACUAAGUGCAGAACCGAGACAGGUGUCUAAGUCAGAGAAGAACCCAGAUGAAGAGCUUGCUGACCUGCCCGAACCAGCUGCUGCCAGGAACCCACCAGAGACACAGAAGUCAACUGACACGGAGGACGAGAGUGGGACGUCUGUGGUCCAAGAGCCAGAAAAGGAUGCUGCUGGGAGCCUCCCUGAGACAAGUGGUUCCGAGGAACCUGAGGCCUGCGGCAGAACAUCCAAGACCCCAGAACCCCCUGCACAAGGAAGGGGGCGCGAAACAACGGACCCACCGGCCCAAGGUGGCAGCAGAACUGUUUCAGAACCACCCGAUGUUGGAGCCCCAGGAGAAGAAGGACACCCAACAGCAGGGCAGAAAGGACGUGACAGGGUGGCCCAGGCGCCAGUCCUGGAAGCCCACUCGCAGGACGGGCAGCGGCAACGACUCCAAGAACCGUCGAGGGAAAGAGAUGCCGAAACCCGGUCUGAAACACGGUUCCUGGGAUCGGAAGGAAGGAAUCAGGGUCGUCCUGAGACGGAGAAGGCACCGAUCCCAGGAGAAGAGGCCAAGGAUGCCGAAGACGGCCCCGCAGCGAAGGGGACCCCCGAAGCCCCAGGAAGAACCCAGGAGUCGGCCCCCCCGGGGCGUCCCGAGCCCCCGUCCGCGGGACCCGACGGCAGAGGAGAAACCGGCAGGGCCGCGGGGAUCGGGGCCCAGCCAGUCAGGGAGGACCCCGAGCUGUCCCCGAAUGCCGAGGGGUCCUGUGAGACCCCCGACGCCCUGGCUCCUCGAGAAGGGAACCUCAGCUCAGAGAGGAGGGAACUGCGCGUGCGCGGGCGUUCCCAGGGUCACGUGGACCCACACCGCGGGUCCGUGCCGGGAGCUCACGGGGAUAACCCAGAUCCCCAGAAGCAGGGACCACCAGGUGACCACGGAGUGCGGGAGGCAGCGGUGCUGUCAGUCAGAGAAGAGGAUGGUCAGCUCCCAGAGGAGCAGGGACAGCCUGCUCCGGGGGAGCACAAGAGUCAAGGCUCAGGGACAAAGGACCCAGGUGUGGCUGUGGAGCGCCAGGGACCCCCAGAGGCACAGGAGACCACAGCAGGGGGUGAAGACAGAAAGUUCCAGGAGGCAGAUGUCACUGACCAGAUUUCUGUAAUGCAGCUCCCUAAAAACGAAAACAGCAGAAAAGGGGUAAAGGUCCAGGACCCGAAGACCAAAGAAGAGAAAGGUGGAGCCCUAGAGGCCCACGAGAGCCUACUAAAAAGUCAGGAUGAGGAUGACCCCGUCUCCCCUGAGACACACCUUGAAGCAGGAGAGCAUGCGACACUGGAGGAAGAGGAUGCAAGUCCUCAAAAGCAGGAAGGAGAAGGUGAUGACCAACCAAGCCCAGCCAAGACUGAGUCAGGCUUUGAAGAAAGGAGGCAGAGAGACCAGGAGCCCUACUCUGUGCAGAGAGGUGCCGUCCAAUCCAGCACACUCUACCACUACCUGCAAGAGAAGAUGUGGAAGCAAACGAACAUAAAUCAAGAGGAGAAUCAAAAUGCAGCUCAGGCAGUCAGAGCAUCAGGGCCGGAGCUUUGCAGCAGUCAGUCCAGGUCAUGCCUCACCGGCAGCCACGCGUCACAGCCGUCCACCAGGGAACUUCUGCCUGGUGAGGAUCCUGCCGAUCCACAGCAAACAUCAGCACCCCAAACCCUGGAAGAUAAAUAG